CACACACAAUUAAUUGUUGAAAUAAAAAAUUUCAACAUUAUUUACAAAAUGGGUUUAAAGGGUGUAGGAUCCAUUUUCAUUCUCUUCCUUCAUCUCAUUUUUGUCUCUACUCUUGUCUCUGCCAAAUCAGCUCCUAGGAGGCCACCACCACCACCACAAGUGACAUGUUCUUCCACACCACCACCUGUGGUCGCUCCUUCAACACCCCCUUCCACACCACCAAUUACGGUAGCUCCUUCGACAUCACCAGUUGCGGUUGAUCCAACGACACUACCACCUUCAACACCUCCAUCCACACCACCUACUUCUACACCACCAAAUGUGGUAGCUCCCUCCACACCACCUCCUUCGACACCUCCUUUCACUACACCACCUACGGUCGCUCCUUCCACACCACCACUUGUUCAUGCUCCAUCAACACCACCGCCUUCAACACCUCCUUCCACGCCACCAACCGCGAUAGCUCCUUCGACACCACAAGUUGUGAUUGAUCCUACAACACUACCACCUUCAACAACUCAUUCCACACCACCAUCUGUUGAUGCUCCUUCAUCACCCCCUUCUACACCACCAACUACGGUAGCUCCUUCGACACCACCAUCUUUGGUUGAUCCUACGACACCACCACCUUCAACACCUCCUUCAACACCACCACCCGUUCAUGAUCCUUCAACACCCCCUUCCACACCACCAAUUGCGGUAGCUCCUUCGACACCACCAUCCGUGGUUAAUCCUACGAUACCACCACCUUCAACACCUCCUACCACACCACCACCAAAUCCUAGGACACCUCCUACAAAUCCUAGGACACCUCCUACAAAUCCUAGGACACCUCCUACCACACCACCACCAAAUCCUAGGACACCUCCUACCACACCACCAACAAAUCCUAGGACACCUCCGAAAAAUCCUAUGACACCUCCUACCAUACCACCACCAAAUCCUAGGACACCUCCUACCACACUACCACCAAAUCCUAGGACACCUCCUACCACACCACCAGCAAACCCUAGGACACCUCCUACCAGACCACCGACAAACCCCAGAACACCUCCUACCACAUCACCACCAAAUCCUAGGACACCUCCGACAAAUCCUAUGACACCUCCUACCACACCACCAGCAAACCCUAGGACACCUCCUACCACACCACCGACAAACCCGAGGACACCUCCUACCACACCACCGACAAAUCCCAGGACACCUCCUACCACACCACCACCAAAUCCUAGGACACCUCCGACAAAUCCUAUGAAACCUCCUACCACACCACCACCAAAUCCUAUGACACCUCCUUCGACACCACCACCAAAUCCUAGGACACCUCCUACCACACCAUCACCAAAUCCUAGGACACCUCCUACAAAUCCUACCACACCACCAACAAACCCUAGGACACCUCCUACCACACCACCGACAAAUCCUAGGACACCUCCUACCAUACCACCACCAAUUCCUAGGACACCUCCUACCACACCACCACCAAAUCCUAGGACACCACCGACAAAUCCUAGGACACCUCCUACCACACCACCACCAAAUCCUAGGACACCUCCUUCGACACCACCACCAAUUCCUAGGACACCUCCUUUUACACCACCACCAAUUCCUAGGACUCCUCCUACUACACCACCAUCAAUUCCAACAACACCGCCGCGUAAUUGUCCACUUUUAAGCUUGAAUGUUUGUGCCAACCUAUUGAAUAAAUUCGUGAUUAACCCAGGAUCCAAUCCUUGUUGUAGCCUCAUCAGCGGCCUUGUUGAUUUAGACGCUUCUGUGUGUCUUUGCACUGCACUUAAAGCUAAUGUCUUAGGAAUAAUCCGUCCUGAGAUCAAUGUUGACUUGGAAGUCAUCUUGAACCGUUGUGGGCGUAAGGCCACUAAUUACAUAUGUAGACGUUAAGAAUAUAACAUGUAUGAGCAAUGGCCAAUGCAUGCCAUUGCCAAUGGAUGAUUCCUGUUAUACUAUAUUAACUAAUUAUGUACCAAUAAAUUAAUUACGUCCAUUAUAAUAGUACUAAACUAUAAAAUUCCAGUGAUCUUGUUCUUAA